AUGCAAACUAAUAAAAAUACUAAGCCACUUCAUAAGAGCUUAUUAGCCAACAAUGUCUCUAAUGUCCGACCAAAGCCAUAUGAUCAUAUACAUGCUAACUGUUAUAAGUCAUUAGUCAGGGCCGUAGAAUUAGUUCUAGCGUCGAUGAUCUCACUUUUUAGAAAACUCAUAAUUGAAUUCCGUUUAUUUUAUUGGAUACUAAAUUCAACAAGCUUUCCAACGGUUUCUCGAUUACAAGUUAAACCUCAAGACUUAGCAAUCAAUAUUAUUUCUCCAAAAUUGAAGAAAAGUAUUUACUCACCUUUAAAAGACAACUUUCCUUAUAAAUUUUGUUCUUAUCAUUUGCUUGAAAUUCUUCAAGUUAUAUAUUUAGAGAAUUCUAUCUUACAGCUUGUUGAAAAUUCUAAAAAGAUGCGCACAUUCCUGCUGCAUGGUCAAUAUUUGAAAGGCUUGGAGCAGACUCUUGAAAAGAUGUUUCAUUCUCUACCAUACAUUCGUGUCUUGGACCUAAGUUUCAGCAAUGUGGUAGAAUUGCCAAAUUCUAUUGAAGUGUUGAAGCUACUACGAUACCUGGACCUCUCUAGAACACAAAUCAAAUCGCUUCCCAACUCCAUUUGUAACCUUUACAAUCUGCAGACCCUUAAACUUCUAGGCUGCAGGAUGCUGCCAUCAAAAAUGGGAAACUCAACCACUCUAAAGAAAUUGAAUGCAUUUGUUGUCAGUGACACGAGUGGACAUGGAAUUGCAAAACCGCAGGACAUUGCAUACCUUGCCGCUUUGCACACGUUAAAGCUAGGAAAUGCAGUGAAUGAAGCAAACACAAAGGUAGAGGAGAAGGAGAGCCUUCAGAGGCAGGUGUUAGACUGGAGUGGUAGAGAUUUCAAUGAACAAGAUGAAGUCAAAGCAGAAAGGGGGCUUAAGGACCUCAAAGGUCACUCAAAUCUCGAAGAUCUGGCAAUUCAUCACUUUGUAGGCACGAAAUCUCCUUCUUGGAUGACAGAUGGUCUGCUCCAAAAUUUAGUUACACUUUCCUUAUAUCAUUGUACUAAGUGCAAAAUAUUGUCUCUUGGUCAGUUACCUUGCCUUAAAGUGCUCUACAUCAAAGGGAUGCAGAAGCUUGAGGAAUGGCCAGAAGAUCAAUACACUUCAUUGUGUACGCUACAUAUUAUAAACUGCCCCAAGCUGAGGAAGGUACCGAACUUCAUGUCCCAUUUAAGAUUUCUCAAGGGAAAGAAGUGCGACUCAUUGAAGGCUCCUCCAACGGCUCCCUCUCUGUUGUUUUUAAUAAUUAUUAACAACCUUGUUCUGGAGGAUUGGCAAGAAGGAAGGUGCAUCGCCCAAUAUGAUCAAGGCAACCUUGUUGACCAAUCCAGUCCUGUUUUUGUUGGUCCUUUGCAAUUGAAACUGGUAAACUGCUCCAAGAUCCAUUUACUGCCUCAACAAUGUGCUCCACAAAAACUGGAGAUAAGUGGAUUGAGGGCACUACCCAAUACCAAUUCUCUCGACUCCCUUGUCAUUUCAAACAUCACAGACCUAAUCUGUUCCCAAAACUGCCCCAUCUUCUGGGUCUUAAGGCUUUGUACAUCAAUGAUUGCACUCACUUCUCUGUCUCAAGCAAAAGAAUCGUCGCAAAGCCUGUCCUCUCUCCGACUACUCUCAAUUCAAGGCUGUCCAAUGCUUGAAUCAUUGCCAGAUGAAGGUUUACCAACAGCACUUGAGUGUCUGAUGAUUGGCCUCAUGCCCCCUUCUAAAGUCUCUAGGUGCCAAAGAGCCUCCUUUUACUCAAGGACUUGUAUAUGGGGUGUUAUUUUCAUGCAUGGUGUUACAUUUGCCCUCACUUGA